AUGGUCGAAACACCAGAGGAGGUUACGGACGCUCAGACAUUGAGCAAACUUCCCCAGAAAAAGUUCUAUCGCUCACGUGCACACUGCAAUCCGUUGUCGCAUAAUGACUGCUUUGACUAUCCGCUAACACCUGACAAAAUGGACUGGUCUGCUCAUUAUCCAAACAUCGAAAAUCCAAGCGUGGAUUUCUUAGACGUUGGGUGCGGUUUUGGUGGACUCACAGUCAAGCUAGCGGAAUUAUUUCCAGAUAAAUUGACUUUGGCUUUAGAGAUCCGUGCCAAAGUGACCGAGUAUGUUCGUCUACGCAUUGAGGCACUUCGCAAUGAAAAUCCUGGUCGUUAUCAGAAUGUGUCGACCCUGCGCACAAAUGCUAUGCGUUACUUGCCGCAUUACUUUCGCAAAGGACAAAUUACAAAGAUGUUUUUCUGUUUUCCGGAUCCACAAUUCAAAGCACGUUUGCACCGCCGCCGCAUCGUUCAUACACCACUUCUUGCUGAGUAUGCAUAUCUACUGGCUUCUGGUGGUAUUCUUUACACCAUAACGGACGUAGAAGAAUUGCACAAAUGGCACGUGGAAAAGUGUUCCAGCCACCCGUGUUUCAUUCGUAUGGAUGAUAGUGAGCUUUUGUCGGACCCAUGCGUGAAGGCCAUGACAGAGGAAACGGAGGAAGGAAAAAAAGUCGCUCGUGGUGGCGGGAAGAAAUACUUAGCGGUUUUUCGGCGGAAGCCCAACGAGGAGGUUGGCAUCGACAACCUUUUCUGGUGA